AUGAGUGAAGCUGUGGUUAGCGGGGUGAGGAGGUUGAGCACCAUCUCGGAGCAGGACGGGGACGCUGGAGCGGAGCCCGUGUCCCUCGUGUCCUCAGGGGACAGUGAGUGUGCAGCAUCCAGUGCUUCGCUCUGCUCGUGUGGAAAGCCCAGCACCCAGAGCAGCACCUUCACCUCCUCUGAGUCCUAUCAGCCUGACGCAGCAGAUGACUGCGCCUCCAUCCUGCUGGCUUGCCUGUACUGCCGCUUCUGUGAUGUCAUGGCCAUGCUGCCUGACACUUGUGAGCGGGCGUUUGGCCGCUGCUUCCCCUCUUACAAGUAUUACAGCACCUCGGAUGAGCCGUCCAAAGGAAAAGACUGGUGCAGCUGUAACGUGGAUUUUGACUGUGGUUUCAUGAACUCCUGUCAAGAUGCCAGUGAGCUGUUAGAGCUGGCGAUGGAGAUAUCUGAGGUCUGCUACCGCUAA